CGGACUCGGAGGGAUGCGGAGCGGCAGUGGCGGCGGCGGUGGCGGAGACUGUGGCUUUAAGAGCGCACAGGGAGCGCCAGAGUCAGCCGUGCAGUCCUUCGUCGCCAAGCACUCCGGAGCAGCCGAGCCUGGCGCUGGCGGGACCGGGCAGCCUGCCGCCAGGUGGUGGCUUCAAGUGUUGGCGUGCUCCUGGAGUCUGAAAAUAGAUGAGAUUUCUGGACUGUUGGAUGUGGCUGCCGAGAACCAGCUGUAGGCCUCUGCUAGAGAGUCCUUCCUCUGAAGACGUCACCAGUGUGUGGAGCCUGCCGCACACCCACCCCCUGCCAAACCACGGCCUUUACCUGUGUCUUCCGGUGUUUCCCGUGCGACCCGUCCUGUGGGAGUGCUUCGUGGGCUGCCCCAGAGUUCGCCCCGCGCUCAGCUGCACCGAUGGUGAAGAUGACAAGAUCCAAGACGUUUCAGGCAUACCUGCCCUCCUGCCACCGCACCUACAGCUGCAUCCACUGCAGAGCUCACCUGGCCAAUCAUGAUGAACUCAUUUCCAAGUCGUUCCAGGGAAGUCAAGGACGAGCAUACCUCUUUAACUCAGUAGUUAAUGUGGGCUGUGGGCCUGCAGAAGAGCGGGUGCUGCUAACAGGCCUCCAUGCGGUUGCAGACAUCUACUGUGAAAACUGCAAAACCACCUUGGGCUGGAAAUACGAACAUGCUUUUGAAAGCAGUCAGAAAUAUAAAGAAGGCAAAUACAUCAUCGAACUAGCACACAUGAUCAAGGACAAUGGUUGGGACUGACGUGACAGCGUCCAUCCGGUCCAGCAUCCACAUGAAUGCCAUCCAGUCGAACAUUCUACCCAAGCGUGAGAGAGUGACUGAACACUUGGUUCCAUCCAUUUAGGGGCCUUGCCAUCAGGGGGCAUACUCCUACCCUGACGCCAUCUUUUUCGGUGACUGGCCUCUGAAUCGCUGUCUCUCUGUCUCUUUGCUUUGUAUCUGUUUGUGAGUUGAUCUUGGCUUCUCUGUUCCAGUGUUGGCUGAAAACAAAAUGACAAACAGAACAGAUCCUUGGCCGUGUGGGGCCAUGUGGGGGCAUCCACCUUGAACAGGGGCCCCCAGCCCAUAUGAGAGCUGUCUCUUGUCAGAGCAGUGGCACCUGGGCACGAGGAAGAGCAAAGAUGAACCCCAGAGUCCUGGGGUUGGGGAAGGGGCAGGAGGGUAGAGGUAGAGCAAAGCCGUGCUACUCUUGGGGACCUGGCUUGAAAUAAUUGACUCUUUCUAAAGGACAAAGAGAAAAAAAAAUACCUCAUGGCUAUGUUCUCUCUGACAACAAACUUCUGUCCUAACAUCAAAUGUGCCAGAAUAGCAGAUUAGCACAAGAAAUGGCCCUGAUUCUUGCUGACAGGGCAAGACCCUGGCAUUCUGGGCCGCAGAAUGUCCUCCUAGGGUGGGUGGGGGGUAGGUAAAGCCCAAAUGGGUUUUAGUGACUCUGCCUCCCGUACCCCACCCCACCCGUGGGAAAUCACCUUGGUUUCUUUCACUCUUUCAGUGAAGGGAGAGAUGCAAGAUGCAAAUAUUCCAUUUAGCCAGCAGCAUCCUGAAAUCCAUAGUGGAGGGAAGCCAGGGAGCACGGGUCGCAGCCUGGGAACUCCUGAUAACGAGCAGGAAAAGUAAGAAUUGGUAACUAGUCAGCAGUUCUGUGGCUGCAAUGCAAUGAGGAGAGGUUCGGGGAGGAACAGUUUAGAUUCAAGCCAGUCCGGGCUUGGCACAUCCUUCCUCAGUGUGCAGUAGCUUCCAUGGGAUUAGCAAUUCUCUGUGCAUAGUGUUUCUGGUUUGCUUUUUUUCUCCAGUUCCAUCAUAACCUAGGAAGCAAAGAUUCAAGAUAUUGCAUCCCCCUCAUGCCUCUGUUGUUUUAGACCCGAAUGUCUUAUGUGGGGAGAGUAAUCUUUUGACAGUGUGGUCCUGCAGUGGGGAGGAAUCAGAGGUUCACUGUGGCCCCCUCACCCAUCACCCCACCCAAGCUUUACAUUAGCAAUGGGGGAAAAUUCCCUGUAAGUCUCGAGACAAUAAGGAACUUAGCACAUUGAGUCAACACUGAAUGUUUUACAGCAGUUCAGCUAUGACAUGGCACAUGGCUGAAACUCAUUUGAAUUAAUUUCAUUUCGUAGGCAGAAAAUAAUGUUAAAAUACACACAUAGUAGGUAAUUCUCAACAUUGUUCUCCAACUAGGCUGGUCCUACAGGAAAAUGCACUUCUUUAAAAAAAAAGCCUAAUAAAAGAGUUCAUAGGAAUAAGAAUCUGUAAAACUGGUUAACUCAGACUAAAGCAUCUGACCCAGGGCAUUUUCAAAUCUCAUCUUCAACAGAACUAAUUUCCCAGCAGGAGAGCUGUGGUUCCCUGGCUUUGUCCCCCAUGUCCUGAUCUGGGACUUGGCCCUGCCCUGCUGGUGGUGAUGGCAAGGUGGCAGAGAGCAGGUCAGGCCUGUUUAACAGCAGAUCGCUCCUCUUGUGGGACAUAAGGAUUCCUAGAAACAGGAUUUUAUUCCUCAAGUCUCCUUUUCCAGAGCCUUGGAACAUUAGCUCCACCUCCCAUCCCCCACCACCACCAUGGACUGCAGGACAGACUGAGCCUCAGAAGGACUAAGUUUUGCUUCCUGAAAACCACUCGGUGGCUCCCAGGCUCAAGUUCUCAGUGACACACAUUUUUCCACUUUCACAUUCCAAAACUGUCUCCAGAGUCAUGCCUUGUCGCAUCCACCCCCCAAUCCUGCCCGAGGGAAGUGGCCUUCAUGUAAGGAUUUGAUUACACACACCCUUUGCUCAGGGAAUAUCCCAGCUCUACUAAAGUCCUUUUUCUUUUUUUUUAAUGGAGGGUGGGGGUUAAACCUAGAUGGAUAGUUUUUCUUUAAAACUAAAAUUAGUGAGGCGUAGAACUUGGAUAUGUGAUGCCCUGCCAUUCUCAAGGGUCAGAGAAGGAGACCAGUGUGCCACUGUUUUUCCUUGGUGGGGUCCUUGAUCAUCUUGGAACAGAGCAAGCUCCAGUAGGAGCCUGGUUCUGGAUUUUUCUUGAACUGCUGUCUGACGAGCAUCCAGUGGGUGUCUGGCACCAUAUUUGGUGCCGAAGGGGAGUAGCAGGUCGGUUUUUCCAUAGCUACUUUGGGGGUGGGACCAAAGCCCAUUAGGCUUCUCUUUGUGGUAGUGACACCAGAAGUGCUUCUUAAACCCUCGCUCCGUCCGCGGCGUCUGCCCAACACUUAGCAGUGUGACCCUCGCUCCGUCCGCGGCGUCUGCCCAACACUUAGCAGUGUGACCCUCGCUCCGUCCGCGGCGUCUGCCCAACACUUAGCAGUGUGACCCUCGCUCCAUCCGCGGCUUGUCUGCCCAACACUUAGCAGUGUGACCCUCGCUCCGUCCGCGGCUUGUCUGCCCAACACUUAGCAGUGUGACCCUCGCUCCGUCCGCGGCUUGUCUGCCCAACACUUAGCAGUGUGACCCUCGCUCCGUCCGCGGCGCGUCUGCCCAACACUUAGCAGUGUGACCCUCGCUCCAUCCGCGGCGCGUCUGCCCAACACUUAGCAGUGUGACCCUCGCUCCAUCCGCGGCUUGUCUGCCCAACACUUAGCAGUGUGACCCUCGCUCCAUCCGCGGCUUGUCUGCCUAACACUUAGCAGUGUGACCCUCGCUCCAUCCGCGGCUUGUCUGCCUAACACUUAGCAGUGUGACCCUCGCUCCAUCCGUGGCGUCUGCCCAACACUUAGCAGUGUGACCCUCGCUCCAUCCGUGGCGUGUCUACCUAACACUUAGCAGUGUGACCCUCGCUCCAUCCGUGGCGUGUCUACCUAACACUUAGCAGUGUGACCCUCGCUCCAUCCGCGGCGUCUGCCCAACACUUAGCAGUGUGACCCUCGCUCCAUCCGCGGCUUGUCUGCCCAACACUUAGCAGUGUGACCCUCGCUCCAUCCGCGGCUUGUCUGCCCAACACUUAGCAGUGUGACCCUCGCUCCAUCCGUGGCGUGUCUACCUAACACUUAGCAGUAUUAGAGUCCACAGCUGAGCAAGGGAGACAAGUGUGCUCCAAGCCUCGGUCAGUUUCUUUAUUUUCCUCACCAAAUUUUUGACUCAGCAUAACCAAAGACCUCAUCCAUUCACCCCACAUAGGUUCAGGGAAUUGGAGUUGAUUGGGUGACCUUGGGCAGGGGUGGGUGAACAGCAAAGAAAGGGAGGGGCCUCAAGUUCUGUACCUCAGCCCACAGCUGCCUUCGUUUUGAACUGAAGACUGGUUGACCAGCUCCCAUUCCGUCUCCCCAUGCCACCGAAAGGUAACGGCCGUGGCCACCCUGGAGUACGUUCACCCCCUCCCCCAUGUUUCCCUAGGCUGCUAAUGGGUGAAUGAGCAUGAGACAAGGGUAGCCAAGCUUGAUGCCCACGGGUUCUCGGCUGGGCCUGGCUGAGUAGUCCCGCUCCAGCACCUAGACCGUCAGAUCAUGUAGAUAAGUAAAUCUUUGCUGGUAGAUUAGUGUGUACUAAAGCGGUGUCCCCUUUAUAAUAAGGUUUUCAAGUCUCUUGUGAAAUAUACUUUUGUAAAUAAUAUUUAAUUUUUUAAAUAAUAUAUUUGGUGCUGUAUUCUCAGAUCCCUGGGAGCACGUUGUUUUCAGUUCUAUGGCUUCCUCUGUGUUUCUUGAAGUACAUUUUAAGGGAAAGAGUAAUCACCAAGAUUUUUUUUUUUUAAAGAUCUGUCACUUUAACUUGGAUUGAGGCUUUAAAACAUUUUUUUGCAUUUUUGUGUUUGCGUUUUCCCCAGUGGAACAGACUGUAGUAAAUUACCAGGUUGUGAAAUGAUACUUUCUUACCCUGUCUUGGCUAGAAAAGAAACAAGUUUCAGUAGUAACAACUUAUAAGUAAUUGCUGUAGUUGGGAGAACUUCUGAGAAAUUGGAAUCGUGUGUGCGUGUGUGUGUGUGUGUGUGUGUGCGCGCGCGCGCGCUUCCUUUUCUACUGAGGACACUAUAUGAAUUACAGUUUACACCUUGGGCACGUAGAGUUUCCCUCUCUGGUUUCCCUGUCUGAGUGGACCAACAGCAUGGAGCAGGAUUUCUCUCCCUGAGCUGGAGUGUGCUCUGUGUUCUGCUUCUAAAGCUGGCAAAUCAAACCUGUAAGAUGAAAUCAAAGUCAGGUCCAUGCUUCUGAGAUGUGGACAGAUCAGUCACACAUCCGAGGGCUCUGGUUGUUCUAGAAGCCAGGUCAUAUUAAAUGUUAACUGGUUCAGGCUAAAAGGACAUUGAUAACACGGUAGCUUUCCUUUUCUUUUUCUUUCUUUUUUUUUUUUUUUUUUUGAAGGUCCGAUUGCUUCAGGUUCAGGCAGAGGCUGGCAAAUCAAAUUUUGAACAUCACUUUUAUAUUUUAAAAAAUCUGCCUCAAUGGAAAAUACAUUCUAGUUCUGUGAGGGGGAAAGGUUGUUUUUAAAAUCGUGAUUGAUUUCUAAAAUUACUAUACAGUCAUGAAAUGUACCAGAAUCAAAGAUAAAGCCUAGAAAGACGUUAUUGUCUCUACAAGGUUAGCUCUGCCCGGUGUUUUACAGUGUUUUGGUGAAGGCAGAAUCAGUCCCCUCUUCCCAGCCCGCAGAGACUUGUGUACCACAGGUUUGUCUGUCUGUGUUUACAAACUAUAUUGUUGGAUUUCAAAUUGUGUUUGUUUCUCAUUUUCGGUUGUCUUCGGUGGCAUUUUUCCCCCCCGCAGGUCACUUUGCUCCAAUAACAAAGGCGAUUGUUUUUUGAGUGAUGCGUCUUCACCUCUUUUCGGUAUCUGUACAUAAUGACUCAGUAUUAGUGAGAAGUUGUAUUGUUUGUCAUUUCCAAUCUGUGUUGGUGCUCAUUUGAGAAAAUAAAGUUUUCAAAUAUUAAUUCCGGGGCCGAAGGCAUCUGUUUUCAUUGACACAAUGUGUAUUAUCUUGACAUUUAACGCAUACACUGCUGGGUCGUCUGUCUGUCACUGGUCA